AUGGGAGUUAAACUACAUACUUUGGCCGAUGUCUGCAUGGUUCCUUUAGGUACUUCCAGCGCCAGUGUUUCUGACUUUGUUGCCUUAAUUGAGACCAGAAUUCGUCAAUCUAAUUUGAAGAGUACUUUACAUAGUGCUGGUACCACCAUUGAAGGGCCCUGGGACGAAGUGAUGGAAUUGAUUGGUGAAGUGCAUCAAUAUGCCCAUGAUAAUGGAUAUGUGAGAAUUCAUACCGAGAUUAGAUGUGGGACUAGAGUGGAUAAGUUCCAGACCGCUCAGGAUAAGAUGGAUACUGUCAAUAAGAAGAUUCAAAAUCUUCAAAAAUAG